AUGGUGACCGCCAGCAUUGAGGUGUCCGGCCCCGCCCGCGACGUCCACAGCGGCAACGACGGCGGUGUGUUCAGCGAACCCAUGGCCGACCUCUUCAAGCUGCUCUCAUCCCUAACAGACGCCCCCGCAGACGCCGCACGCCGCGCCGACGGCGCGGCGCCGGCCGGCGCAGCGGCAAAUCCGAGCGCGGGCGACGGCCUCCGCGGCCGUGCCAACGGUGCCGCGCCGCGGGAGCGGCGGGCGGGGAGCCCGGGCAGCGACGCGAGCAGCGACAGCGGCGGCAGCGCGGUCAGCAUCAGCAGCGGCCGCGUGUCGCCGUCGCCGGGCGCCGGCGGCACUACCCUCAAGUCCGCCACGGCCGCCGCCCGCGGCGCGGACGCGGACGCGGACGCCGGCUGCGGCUGCGAGGACGAGGACGGCGGCGGCGGGAUGGGGACGGCGAUCGCAAUCCCGGGUUUCUACGACGGAGUGCGGCCGCGGCUGAUCGACCUUGCGUGGCGGGGCCUGGAGGAGUGCGACGAGUUCAAGCUCGACUCUUACCAGUGA